ACGAGAAUGGAAGCCACUGGAGGACCGUAGCUGUACAGACAUACCGUGGCUGCUGCUUUUUAUCCUCUUCUGCAUUGGAAUGGUAUGUAUUCUUUUUGGAUCCAUGCAAUCUGGACUUGAUAAACCGGAAAAUUAAGUCUGUAGCACUGUGUGUCGCAGCAUGUCCAAGACAAGAACUGAAAACCCUAAGUGAUGUUCAGAAGUUUGCAGAGAUAAAUGGCUCAGCACUAUGCAGCUAUGACCUAAAGCCUUCUGAAUAUACUACGUCUUCAAAAGCUUCUGUUCUUUGCCCCAAACUACCUGUUCCAGCGAGUGCACCUAUUCCAUUCUUCCAUCGCUGUGCUCCUGUGAACAUUUCCUGCUAUGCCAAGUUUGCAGAGGCCCUGAUCACCUUUGUCAGUGACAAUAGUGUCUUACACAGGCUGAUUAGUGGAGUAAUGACCAGCAAAGAAAUUAUAUUGGGACUUUGCUUGUUAUCACUAGUUCUGUCCAUGAUUUUGAUGGUGAUAAUCAGGUAUAUAUCAAGAAUACUUGUGUGGAUCUUAACAAUUCUGGUCAUCCUGGGUUCUCUUGGUGGCACAGGUGUACUGUGGUGGCUGUAUGCAAAGCAAAGACGGUCUCCCAAAGAAGCGGUUAUCCCUGAACAGCUUCAGAUAGCUGAGGACAAUCUGCGGGCCCUCCUCAUCUAUGCCAUUUCAGCUACAGUGUUCACGGUUAUCUUGUUCCUGAUAAUGCUGGUCAUGCGCAAACGGGUUGCUCUCACCAUCGCCUUGUUCCACGUGGCCGGCAAGGUCUUCAUUCACUUGCCACUGCUAGUCUUCCAACCCUUUUGGACUUUCUUUGCUCUGGUCCUAUUCUGGGUGUACUGGAUCAUGACACUUCUUUUUCUUGGCACUGCUGGCAGUGCUGUUCAGAAUGACCAAGGCUUUGUGGAGUUCAGAGUUUCUGGGCCUCUGCAGUACAUGUGGUGGUAUCAUUUGGUGGGCCUGAUUUGGAUCAGUGAGUUUAUUCUGGCAUGUCAGCAGAUGACUGUGGCAGGAGCUGUGGUAACCUACUAUUUUACUAGGGAUAAAAGGAAUUUGCCAUUUACACCUAUUUUGGCAUCAGUGAAUCGCCUUAUUCGUUAUCACCUUGGUACCGUGGCAAAAGGAUCUUUCAUUAUCACAUUAGUCAAAAUUCCACGAAUGAUCCUUAUGUAUAUUCACAGUCAGCUCAAAGGAAAGGAAAAUGCUUGUGCUCGAUGUGUGCUGAAAUCUUGCAUUUGUUGCCUUUGGUGUCUUGAAAAGUGCCUAAAUUAUUUAAAUCAGAAUGCAUACACAGCCACAGCUAUCAACAGCACCAACUUCUGCACCUCAGCAAAGGAUGCCUUUGUCAUUCUCGUGGAGAAUGCUUUGCGAGUGGCUGCCAUCAACACAGUGGGGGAUUUCAUGUUGUUCCUAGGCAAGGUGCUGAUAGUCUGCAGCACAGGUUUGGCUGGGAUUAUGCUGCUCAACUACCAGCAAGACUACACAGUAUGGGUGCUGCCUCUGAUCAUCGUCUGCCUCUUCGCUUUCCUGGUCGCUCACUGCUUCCUGUCCAUUUACGAAAUGGUAGUGGAUGUGUUAUUCUUGUGUUUUGCCGUUGAUACAAAAUACAAUGAUGGGAGCCCAGGCAGAGAAUUUUAUAUGGAUAAAGUGCUGAUGGAGUUUGUGGAAAACAGCAGGAAAGCAAUGAAAGAAGCUGGUAAAGGAGGCGUUGCGGAUGCCAGAGAGCUAAAACCGAUGGCUUCGGGAGCAAGUUCUGCUUGAACCUAGCCGACCGUUAUGGAACCCAUUGACAUUCCAAAACAAUAUAUACACAUAACUAUGUAUUUGUGUGUGUGGCUGUGUGUAUAUAUGUAUAUGUAUGUGUGUAUGUAUAUGUAUAUGUAUAUACACACACACACAUAAUCAGCCAAAAUCAGAGAAAAGGAACAGGGAUUUAAUACCUUUUUUAUGCUUAUUUUUGUCAAACAUGUACUCCUUUCAUACGGGUGGCUUUUACAAGGCAACUGCCGUCAUUUAAUGUUUUCAAUUGUAAUUGUCUUAAUGGAAAUGUUAAGAUUCAUAUCUGAUUAACAUUUUUAAUAACUUAGAGGAGAUUUUAACUUUAGUUAUUUAAAUUAGGUAAAAAUUAUUGUACCGAAUUCUCUGUCUAAAGUUUAUUCAGGGGUGAUUUCCCUGAUGUGUGCAUAAAAUCAAGACCUUAUUUUACUGAUGCAUGAGUCCUGGUGGGACGAGACUAGGCAUAUGCUUUCAGAUAAAUAAGGAACUACCCCAAUCAGUUUUCCCCAAUCAAAGAAGCCAUGUCAUUUUCCUUUUAGAAACAUACCAGUGGACCCCAUAUGGGAGUUUUCAUAAUAGCUCAUGCGUUUGUCAGCCAACAUUAAAAAGUAACCAACUCCUCAGGUAUUUGUAGUUUACUCUAAUGCUUCUAUAAGAGAGUAGGUAAAAAAAGAAAAGGGUAGAUAAUCUUUCUUAUGCAAAUUUUUCUUAUAUUUUGUCUUUCUUUCAUUUUUGACGUUAGUAGCAUCCUCCACACGUUUGUGUGCCUGAUUUGGAAGGACGCUGGGGCUCCCAGCGAGUUUAGCCUUUAAGUUUCUGUGUCUUGGUUUGCAAACUAAGUAAUGCUGGGAGGAAUUAAAAAGGGAGAGAAACAUGGAACACAAAGCAUUGAAAAUUCCGGUGCUUGGGCUUCUGCUUCAGAGAAACUUCAGUGGCUUAGGGCUAAAUGGCCAUUUUACUCAAAUGCUUGCUAUAAAAUCUGAAAACAUACUGGCAGGUGCUCCUCUCCUUGGCAAUUCAUUAAGUAUCCAGAAUUCUACGAUGUUUAACUGAAGAAUUGGUUAAUGUUUUUGAUCCUCAAGUGUUGAACGUUCUUUGUGUUUGGGGAUGGGUUUCGUGGGAUUUUUUUUUUUUAAUUCCUGAAGCUUACCAGAUAUGAAUGGCUAAUAUUCCAUUGUUCUGCUUAUUGUAAUGGUGAAUGCUUUAAGAAAAAAAGUGUAAUUUGCUAAGAAUAAUUCAUGAUCUGUUUAUGCGAUAACUCCUUUUUGUUACAAUUUUUUUAAAAAAAGCUAUUUUUGUUAAUGUAAAGUAAAUAUUUCAGAGCAGAUUUUUUAAACUUAUUGCACUAAAUACAGGCUCUGUACAAAAAAAAAAAAAAGCCUCAUCAUUUUAUCAUUCCAUGGAAGGAGAAUCUUUUGAAAGAAAGCAUUGCCUCCUACCAGAAUUAGACAGUGAAUUAGAGCGGUAUUAUGGAAAUGCAUAAUUAAUGUCACUUGGGCUUAAUAAGCAGCUGUUUGCUAAUGUGCUUCCUUUUAAAGGGUUGGACCUUUAAAUUGCUGCAAAAGGUAAAUUGUAUUUUUUUUUUCCAAGUAUCCGUGUUCUUUACUCUAGCUAGGCUAAAAUUUGCUAAAUGCCUCGGUUUCUUUUCAAAGCUUAUGUAAUAUUUCUGAUUUUUCAGAAUAUUUGCAAUAAGACUCUGGUUUUUUUUUUUUUUUUUUUUCAUAAGAAACAAGAGUUCAUGUCUUGGCAAGAUCUCAGAAAAUAACAUUGUGAGACUAGCUAUUUUGAAACAGUAAUUCUCCAGAAGUUAACAUCUAACAUCUGAUGUCACUAAAUGGUAUCAUUGUGCUCUUUUAUAUCGUUUGAAAUGGAAUAAAUAUAAUUAUGGAACUAACAAUUAUCCAAAUAGGCGAGAGAGCAAAUCAUGUAAGAAAAUUCAGAAUACCUUCUGUUUCAUAGCCACACAGAUUUUGGACAUUAAGAAACAUUGGGAACUAAAUUUAGGCUUGGCAAAAGUCUGGAAGAUGGGUAUCAAAACAGAAGACAUUCCAGGAGCUAGUUAUUUUAGGAGGUGACCCUCCAAAGUGACCUGAUGGAAGUCUUGAAUUUGGAAAUUAGGUUCUGCUCACUUGGACAUCCCAGCACCAUGGACGCUUGCUGCUCCCUGUUCCGUUUGCUCGCAGCCUCAGCUAUUUGGAAGCCACCAGGAAUGCUUUCUAAUUAUCAUUUGCAACUAGAACUGUAAUCAGAAAGAAAUUUUGUAUUUUUGUAUAACUUGACUGUGUGCCAUUUUAUAUAACAGGUCCUGUUUUACAAAUAAAUUUCGUUUUACUAACAUUGUGUUUAGAAAUUAUGAUCUAUGUGUAACCAUGUCGUUUGAGUUCCAAAUUAAUUGCCAAGCUGUCUCCCCUAAGUGAAUAUGUGCCAUCUAGGCGGAUAUAUGCAGGUAUGCAUAUAUAUUACACAGGCACACACAGAGAGAUAUUUGAUUUAUAGAAUAUCCCUCUUACGAGCUUCAUUCCUUGCUUCCUCUUAGAAGGCCUCAAAGAGGCUUCUGAGCGACAUCUGGAUGUUUUGAGGUUGUUUGGAUAGUCUUGCUGCCGCUUUCAUUUGUCACGAGUCAUUCUUCAGCUAGUGCUGGGCUGCCUUAUUGCUCACUGCCUCCAUCUCUGCCCAAGUGAGAAGAAUAGAUGAAGAGCAGAAAUUAUCUGUGAAGUAUGGUUACCUGAAUAACUUUAUAAACCAUUGACUCUUUGUUGUGGCUUCUCUCUUUUUCUGUGGUGGAUCUUCAAAACUAUGUUCAGGACUCCCGUCUCCAGAGUUACAGUUAGAAUCCUCUGUUGUAAAUGAGGAUCACGGUGAGCAGAGGCUCGUGAUGGUUCCUGCCCAUCGGAAAACUAAAGCUCUGGUGCCUGACUGAGACUUUCUGGGCUCCUGCCUCAGGAGUAAGCUCUCCCAUAUAUGAUGUGAGAGCGAAGAGGUUAUGUUUCAGUAUAAAUCCAAGAGGCCUGUCUUCUAGGGGAGGCUUACCAAUGCGUUAGGUAAACAUUAGGAAUUUAGACAGUGCACUGAGAUUGUAUAAUCCUUACACGGAUGAACAGAGCUCAAAGCAAGUUGUUCCUUUAAACCAUUUAAUGCAAUGUUUAAUGUUUAAGGAUUAAAGCUUUUAUCCUAUCCUAUAGCAUUAUUAAGUCCUAAGUUACUGCAAAUUUAAGUAGCUUAACUGUGUGUUGGUCUCUGAACUUUUUCCAUAAUGGUCGGGGAGGGCACUCAUUGAGUCUGUUUAAAAAUUAUGCUGGAAAUAAGUCUUUCCUUUGUAGAGAUGCUCCCUUCCUCUUACUUUUUCAAUGAAGGGCAUUAAGCUGUGGAUUCUCAAAAUCACUAACCUUGGUAUCUGCCAAGGGCUCCCUUGUCUUCCCAGGGUAGUUUCAGGUUUUCAUCCCAGUAUGAGCUAGUGAGGAGUGACCCCUUCCUUUACCGUGGUCCUGAGCUGCUUAAAACCAGAGUAAUACUCCUCCCACCCUCUUCCUGAAAACAGCUAUGGAAGCUACAGGCACCAAAUAUUUGUGAGGCCAUGUUAGUGCCCCCAAGGCCUCAGCCAUGUCCACCAGGCACUUACUACUAGGCAGUGAAGGCCGUUCAGGAGGUCUCCUGGCCUGCAAAGUAGAAUUCUGGGGUCCGUUCCAAUACUAGAGCUGCCAGUUAUGGUGACCUGAACAUUGUAUUUUAUUUUUGGUCAGUAACCUCACUUGAAUUUUUGGAGUUUCUAGUAGCCUUAACAUAGCCUUUGAGAAGUUUCCUUCAGAAAGAUCUUUAUAAGCUUUUACCUUUCAAUAAGUUCUCUAUGGCUUUUUCUUUUUUUUUUUACUACCACUUAAGAAAACAAAAACAAAAUCUCAAGAGUCUGGUGGCUUAUCAGUGUACCUGCCACAGUGAAUUUCUGUAUUCUUUUGAUAUAUUCCAUCUGACAGAUAAAAGUGCACACUAAUGGCUUGCCUAGAGUUGUUAAGAUGUGGUCUGUGAAUAUAUAUUGGAAAACUGUGGGUUCAGAAGUAAAUGCAUAAAGCAGAGCUUUGUGUAUUAUAUAUUCACCAUGUAGAAUGCCUUUUGCUUUAAAUGCAUAUUCAUGUAUCCAUGUACUAAGGAGUACAUGUUAGCCCAUUUGAAAAGCAGGCGCUCUGUAUGUACAGGGGCUGCUUUCAGAAUUAGCUCAUCUGUUUAAUGGCACACAGCCCAGACUGUGAAAGAGCAGGGCCCUUGAAUGUGCCAGGAGAAAACGGGAAGCUAGCAAACAUAGACAACAAAAUUAAAGAGUAAACAUGUUGUCUACACCUAAAAAUUUAAAAUAGCACACUUCUCCCCCAUUCACAUUUCAUAAAUUUGAGCCAAAUUCUUACUCUCCAAGUUUUCAUUUACGAGGAAAAUUUUCAUCCAAGAUUGAAAUCUCUGAAAAUUCUUUCUUAUAAAAAAACUUCAAUGCAAAGUUUUUAAACUUGAGAAUUUCUGUGGAAAACCUUUCUUUCCUAAAGAAAUACUAGAGGACCCUUUCUUACUUCCCAUGUCCUUGAUUUUUUAUACGUGUAAAAAAAGACCAAUGUUGCUUCCAUUUCAAUAUCACAUAAACAGUUAUCACUUUUGUAAAUUAAAUGGGCAGGAUUUAAGGUUGAUAUGUUCUUAAGGAAUUCAUUAGUAAAUUUGUGGAAAAGACGUGAAAUUGUUAGAGACCCAAAUAUUAGGCUAUUUUACUCAGUUCUGACACUCAGUUUUACAACUUAAAUGAUUUCCUGAGGAAUAAACACUGUAGACUAGGGAAUUCAGAGUAGUAAAGCUUUCAGGUUAUUCGUGGUCUAGUCAAGAUCUAGUUGAGCAUGAAAAUGUUGUAAUUUCCAAGUGUUUCAGAAACUUUUCACUUUUAUUUGCUAAGACCUGGAUUUAAUAUUUGAUAUUCAAAAGCAGGUUCUUAAUCUUUUGAGGGGACCAAGGGCUCCUUUGAGAAAGCUUAUAGGAGCAAUGGACUAUCUUUCAAAAUCACAUAGCCUACCUAUGAACAUUUAAAGUACGAAUAGAAUUUCAGGGCCCUCAGACUGCCAGCCUUCACCCCACCGUCCUGUCCCCUCAGGAACCUGUGAACACAAGUCAGAGGCUGCUGUAAAGCUGGCUUGAUAAUGUGUUUUGAAAUGAAGUCGUGACUGGGCCUCCACUGAAGAUGGUACUUACCCACUUCAGACAGGGAGUCAUUUUUGUAACUUGAAAACUUGAAUUUAGUACCAGCUAAAUGAAACCACACUAAUCUAAAUGAAUACCAGAACGGUCAUCACUGGAUCUUUAAAAACGAUAAGAUUUCUUUCCUUGGAGAUGUGAGGAUGUGUGUGUCCUGGGAUGAAUUUUUGAUUAGAUACCAAAGUAUUUGCAAUGGACAAGAAAAUCCAAGGAGAAAUGAAUAGGGAAUCUCUGUAAUUCUCCAUCUACCAAAACAUUUGAUUAUAAUUGUCGCUCACAUAUGACAUCUAUGACAUAGUGUUAUCGGUAGAUCACUGUCUAAAAAUGUAUCAGUCAAGGUUGACUGAGAGCAUUCGAAGAUGAUGAUAAAGUAGCAAACUCAGUGUAGUUCAUAGCUGACAAAAAUUUUCUUAGUGGAAAGCAGAUGCCGGGAUCGGGGGGAGAAAUUCAAAAGUUUUUCUCCUUGUAUAAAUCAGGGAGGUGUUUCCUCCUGUUUUGAGUGUUUUCCAAUCAGCACUAGAGCAGCCUUAGACCACUGCCCUUGGGCCUGUGUCUCCACUCCCCACAUCCAGCUCACCUUCCUUCUUUAGGGAGCAUGUGGAUUUCUUCACAUUUACACCUUAGUAUUAGGUAAGGGUGCUGCUUCUAUAAGAGGGCUGUCUGGGCCCUUGAAAAGGCAGGUAGACAUCCUUAAAGGAGUUUGAAGAUUUUUAAAGAUUUGAUCCCAGUGGGUCAUGACUUAAGAGUCUGACAUCAAACCGUUAUCUACAUUUUCAAGCUGAAGAAAGCAGUGGAAAUGUCAUAAUUGGCUAGUGAAGGAAGUAGAAAUAAAAGUCGGCUCCCCUGCCCACCCCACAUCCCCAGAAGAGCUUUAGCGAGCCUUCCACAGUAGCAGAAGGAGAGACCACGGGUGGAAGUUCCCAUCUUGGGUUGAAAAGGGCCUAAGUCCAGUGUAAGUACUACCUUUAAUAAUGUCUUUUUGUCAUGGAAGUGUAUCACCCAAGGAAACGUCCUGACUUUCACAUACGAAUCUGAUCCACCCAUCCCAUCAGCUGGGGCAUUGGUUUGAUUUAGCUAUUUUUUGAGGAAUAUGUGUCAAACCAUUCCAUGUGAGCAAAGUGAGCAUUGGAAGGAAGACUUGAGGAAUAAAUGGGCACAGCAUCCUGCAGACCAUUCUCACUGCCACUAGACAAUGUGAGCACUCACUUCGUUUACUUCGUUUAGGUAAUUCGUAGGAAUGAAACAAUAACCGGACAGCUUUGGGACUGAUGGUUCGAGUGAAUUUUCCCCAUCCUCUGGGUUCUAGUAGUGUGUGCUCAGAACUUCCUUUUGGCCCUCUUGUUUUUGCUCUUUUUGACUGUUCUGAUUUUCAAAGACAUCAUGGGGGGAAAUCAGCUUUCUUCUACUAUAUUGCCUUAGUGCUAGUAGAUUCUGUUGUCAUUGAGUUUUUCUGAUUUCUUCCAUCCUAAGAGGAUACUGGGAACUCCAUAGUGAAGUUUCAGUUAUACUGUCUCAGAAUAUUCGUGACCACUGAACACACUUCUAGUAGAUGAAGUAAAUUCAGCUGGGGUCUUAGCUGAUUCAGUUUGUUACAAAUAACAAACAGGUAGGGAAAAAAGUGUGGAGGGCACCUAACAAAAUGAUAGGGGACCUGGGAAAACAACCAAAGACAAAAGCAUAUCUUCUGAAGACCAAAGGUCCAACUUUAAGUACUUCCUGGCACGACCCUUCUGAACUCCUAAGUCUAGAGCAGGCUCCUAGAAUAAAGCAGCCGAGUUUUAAAGAUCAGUCAAUGCAAAGGGACCUGCUAUCCAUCUCUCAGGCUCUGAGUCUUCACAUCCACUGUCAGAUCCAGCCCAGUGUAUGGAGGGGAUAGGAACAGAAAACACCCACCACUGUGUUUCAGCUUCUCACUGCUGUGGAAUCCAGCAUAAGAAGGAUGUUGUGAUGCCGCAUAUUUCUCAAACUGAUGCCUAUUUUGUCUGUUUAUUUUAUUUGGGGUUUUUUUUUUGGAGGGGGGUUCCAUUUGCAUCCUAUUUCAUAGUGUCAAAAUGAAUUUUUGUAUCAUGUCCUGUCUUUGCCCAUGAUGAACUGUAGGAUCACGGUUAAGCCUUCCAUGAAUUCCCUAGUUUGGGAUCUUUCACCCUAGCAUUAUUCUGAGUUUUUCCUUAUUAUUAUUUCCUUAUUACAGUGUCACUACACUGUCUUCAGUUGGGAAAACAAACAUGUAGGUGCUUGAACAUGCCCCACAGACACAGUCGUAGCCCUAGUAUUUGUGACUGUCUCUUGACACAGUGCAGACUUUACAAACAGAGUGUUAUGCUCUCAGAGGACUUUAAAAAUAUGUAUAUUAAGCAAUUAACUUUCUGGAGUUAUCAAAUCUUGCUGGGAAAUUAACUUCCAAGAGCUCUGAAUUGGGUGGAAUUCCAUCUCGCUUCAGAGUACAAUGAGCCUAUAUGAAAUGGAGCUUUGAAAUGUUUUCCUUGUGCAGAAAUAUGAACUAGAAAAAAAAAGUGCUGAUCUAAUGCUAAGUUUCCUGUGUACUGACUCAGUUGCCAGAAUUAUAAUGAAAACUGUAUUUUAGUCUAACAAAUGUAUAGAAUUUUUUUAUGUAAUAAAUAAAAUUUUAUAGGAAAGAA